UGGUCAAAACAAACUGGGAAAUGGGAAAUGUGAAAGGACAAAAUGGCGCGAUGCUAUGAACGGAUUAGAGUUGUGAAUAAUCUAGUGAGACAGUGCAGCAGUCCUCUCUGUGUGAACUGAAAGACAACUACUUAAUAAAAUAAAAUAAUAAUACAAGGGCGCCUUGACAAGGCAAGUGUCUUAAAUUUCAAGGAACAGGAAGGAGAAACAUGAGUGAUAGACGUUCUUCAAGGGUGAAGAAGACCAUCAAUUAUUCUGGAUGUGAUGAUCAGUCUGAUGAUGAUUUUGCUGAUACCACUCCACCUCCCCCAAAGAAAACAAAACUUUCCAGUGGUGAUGGCAAACAGAAGACUGGAAUGGUCAAGGUGAAGGAAAAAGAGCCUGCCUUGAACUUGGAGUCUACCCUUAGGUCAAAGAAGCAGAGAAAGCCGUUAUCAGACAAAGCUUUUGAUCGGGAGUUGGAGGAGGCUCUCCAGCUAUCUCUGGUGGAGACGGGUGGCAGUCAGAGUGACCAUGAGGACCAGCAAGGGCACGAGAAAGCACCUCCUCCCCCUCUUCUAUCCCCAAUUCAAGCCAGUGCGAACAAUGACAAUCAUGAAGCCACUCUCCAACCACCCCCUCUUCUGGCUCCAGAGGUCCCAAGUUGCACCGAUCAGACAGAAAGCGCUGUCCAAGCACCCAUGGGUGGAGUACCUUACAGCACCGUCAUGGAUGAGAGCAUUGAAGUUUUGGCUGAGAUGAAGGAGGAUGUCAGCUCAGCAAAGAACAUUGGCCGGAGGCAGGCAAGAAAGAAAGCGAUUGUCAUUGAGUCAGAUGAGGAAGAUGAAGAGGAGAGUGAUUUUCACCCUGAAGGUGAUGAUAGUGAAGGUGAUGAAGAUGGGGAGGAAGAAGCCCCUUCAGAAUCAGAUGAUGGUGAGAGUGACGACAGUGACUUUGCACCAAAGUCCAAGUCAAAGAAAAAACCACCUGUGAAAAAGUCAAAGCAAGCGCCUUCACGACUGAGCAAACAAACGACUGGCGGUAAACUGAACAACAUCACAAACACCCAGGCUAAAGCAACAGCCCGACCCACUGCAGAUAAAGUCCCAGUAAAAUCUUCCACACCGGCAAAGAACACCACAGCCUCCAGUACUCCAAAGCCUGCAGUUGUCAGCCGCACAUCAAAGUCGAAGAACCCCUUAUCCGCAGUAACAGUGACAGCGACAAAGUCGAGUAUGCCACCUGUCAAGUCAUCUUUGUCAUCGCCUUCGCCCACAUCUGCGCCCUCGGCAGGAAGUUGUGGAGUACCUUCUGGUGGCAUGUCUGCUCAGUGGAAACCACCAGCCCAUGUCAGCAGCGGAGGUGGCGCCACCAGUGUCUCUAUGGUCAAGUCUCCAACUUCCGGCCUCCGACUUGGACUCUCCAGGAACCAAAGAGUUAAACCCCUUCAUUCUUCAGUCAAAGUCACAUGACUUAGUUGAAUUGGUCGUCUGAUUAUUGUGUUGAUGUUUAUUUUACAGAUAUGUCUACAAUUUUUAUUUCUCUCCCUUCUGGGAAUUUGAGAUUUGAGUGUGAGAUCUAUAUAGGCUAUCUUUAGAUAGUCAACGGAUGAGGUAUAAACUCACACUUAUGAAUUCUUGCAAGCCCUUUGAAGUAAGAGACUUCGAUGAAGUUGGUAUGGUGAUGUUAUGCUCUUCGUUAAUUCUGUUGAACAAGAUAUGAGAAAUAUUUUGAUUAUAAGUUGUUCCGUUUACAUUCAUUGUCCACUUGGCUUAUUUGUAAUGUUGAGAUGUGUGAUGACUAAUCCUGAGUGCCCAUUGGUAGGAUCGGAUCACAUUGGGCAGGUUGAUUAACAGCAACUUCACCGCACACUACGAAUGGACCCAUGUCCUGCUUCAUCAAAUUUGGCACGAAGUUAAAGCAGAGAAAACUUUGACCACUGGCAACCGAAAUACUUGGUGCAGAGAUCAUAUCCCAUGCUGCAUGGUGAUGUUGUACAUGAAACUUACUUGUUCACAAUACAGCCAUUUGCUUGAACUUGAAUCUUGGCUUCAAGUGCCGAUUGCCACAUAAAUAGGUUGUUGUGUUUAGAGGUUUAUGAAUCCUUCAGAGAUGAGAAAUUUCAAUAGCAUUCUAUUAGCCUCUCCAAGUCAGCAUCUUUCAUUAUCUGACCUUGAUCUCACCCUAAUCAUCUGACUUAUAGGUUAGAAGCCCUGUGAUUGGCUGUCCUCACCUGAUGGAUAUGACCUCUACGACUCGUGAUCUGAAUAAACAAACACAUUUGAUUUUACAGGAUUCAAUCGAAUUGUGCCAAAACUAGCUUUUGCCCCUCCAUGAAGGAAAAUCUGGCUGGCCCUAACAGCAUCAAAUGAAUGAAAUGUAUCAAAUGGGUGAUGUACAAUGGGUAUAAUAGGAGCAUUUUACAAGUUCAACACUUCUUAAUGUGGACAGUGAUGUUGAUAGUCGGGUGUGUACAGAUUGACAUGUUCAUUUAAGUGUUGAAAGGCUACAUGUUUUGUUGUUAGGAUUUAUUUACACUGGAAAACAUGUUCAUUUUGGUGCCACUGAGUUUUAAAACAAAGAUGCACGGUAGAUAGUGUGUGAAAGAUUUCCCCAACGCUCAGAAGUCUAGAGGGUGUUGAGUCUCUGUGGGGGCCUGAUGUUUCUCUCACCUCCUGAAAUAUUUUCUCUCUACCAGUCCGACUAUUGAAAACAAAGCGCCUGCCGAUAAAACUUGUGUAAAUGGAGAAUUAAAUAGCUAAGAAAAGCCGUUGAAGAGCUGCUUGUUCUAUACUAAAGAUCAUAUAUCUUGACUAACUGUAUGCAUCCAAAAUCUGACAUUGGUAGGACUUCUUAUGAGUUUUGUUUAAGGGUCUCUUUCUCCCUUAUUCUGUGGGGUUUCUUGUAUGCUUAUGAUGUGCAGUUAAUUUUGUUUUAUUAUGGAGGCUCUGGUGUGGUUUACUUCUUCUUUCUUAUCUAACAUCUAUCAUCUUCAUCUUUCUCCUUUU